UUCCAGGAGAAAAAACCGAAGAAUCAAAUGCACAUUUCAAUGUUAACGAUUUUGUUUGCAUAAAAAACUUUGCAAUUUUGUGCGAUUUUUUUUUGCUUCUAGCAAUUGUGUUGAUCGAUUUAUUCGAGGCGAAGUGUACAAAAAUGGUGAUUUCUUGAUUCACAAAUCAAAGCGCCUAAAAUUUGCAAGAAGGUAGGGUUGCGACAGGACUAGAGAGUGGGGAGAGCGGUUUCGGUAAACGAGAGCGUGGAAUGGUUUUCCCGCGUCGUAGAUCGCACCCGCACUGGUCGCAGGUCGCAGUUGAGUUUCGAGUGGCGAAGUAAACGGGACGCACAAGUCUCGUUCCCUGUCAUAUAAUAAACGACAAAAGUAAUAAUAACAACGAGACUCGUCAGUCGCACCUCGCACCUUUCAAAAAUUCAGCAAAUGUGAAUAGUACAUUUAUUACUGAAAGUUGAAACGGUCGUGUGUGAAAUACACACGCCGAUAACCGUCCGAAAGUUCAUGACUCCGGUAAUUGAUAAUAAUUCGAUUUGUCGAACGGGCAUGACACUCACGACCUUUGCACGUUGCUUAAAGUUUUCACCAAGUAACGCUGUUAAAACGAACUAUAGUGAGAGAUAAUACAAGACCUGGUUUCGUGCUUCUUGUGCAUCGAUAACAUUUUUGUUAGUUUUUUUUUCAUCUCAGUGUGUAUAACGCGUACUCAAAGUGCGUUUGCAGGGGCGAUCGUCUGUGGUAACUCGAGGGAGAAGAAAAGUAAUGUGCCACGGAUUAUUGCAGCUAUAUAAGCUUAACCAAUUAAAAUGGUGAGCAAAUUGCCGCAGGAGUUCCGGAGGUAUCAGCGCAACAGGAAUCAGCUGCGCCACAUCUUCAAGGAAACUCAAAGAGUCUUGGAGGUUGUAACUCUCGAGAAUUUCUUUCCGGAAGAGAACAUUAUCGAGGAGUUGUUGCCGCCGCUGAAAGUUGAUCGUCUGAACUACAAUCUGUACAACAAUCCUGCGAUAGUGAUAUGCGGUCAAGACAACAAGUCAAAGGCUGCAUUAGUGAAUAAUCUGUUAUCGACGGAUAUAUUGCCAGUUUCCGACGGCUCAUGGCGUUGGAUAAAAUUCGGUUACGGUCACACGAACCACGUGAGCUUGACGCUUGGCCUUGAAUACGAAGUUUUGGAGAGGGUUCGAGCGAACGAGAAAUCAUGGAGCACAUUGCCGGUCGAGGAUCUUACGAGAUCUGAAAACGAAGAUAUUCAUUGUCCGAUGAUAUUGGAGGUGAAACUGGACAAGAGUUUGUUGAAGGACGGUGUACAAAUAUUUGUUUUGCCGGAUAUGGAUGCUGUGAGAUUAUUGUCGAAGGGAAAUCUGAACAUUUUGCCAAUUUUCCUUUACGCCCUGAGCGAGUAUCCUUUAUCGGAGGAAAACAUGGCUGAAUUACGCGAAAUGCGUGACAUUUAUCCGCACAAUCCAGUGAUGUUUGUGCCCUCGUUGAUCAACACAUCGCUCAACAGCUUCGAUGCGGCGUUGACGGAGUCGGAGCAGCACAGAAUGCAGAGUCAAUCGAGUGUUACGAAUCUCGAUUACACGAAGAAUCAGGCAGACACGACAGUCACGGAGAAAAACACUUCUCUGGGUUUAACUUGGCUGGAUCAACUCUCAGCACUGGGAUAUUUGAGAGUCGAUGACAGUCUCGAGGUCGAUCCAUCGAGUUGGAUGAUCGACGGACGCAGUUCGAACGCCAGCGAGCUCGUUGGCUCCUUCAAGAAAACCGAUCGAAUAUUGUACUUCGUUCGAUGCAGUCUACAAACUUAUCUCGUUAAUUCGAGCAACCUACUCAACGACGUGCACACGUUCAGCUUGAGGAAAUUCAUUUUAAGCGCUUUCGAUAUGGCACGGGAGAUACAAAUAACACCGAGGAGAAUACAGUACGCUCAGCAGAAGGAGAACGAAUUGUACGCGAGCUUGAUGGACGUCGUGAGCAAAAACCAAGAGGAAUUGACCGACCUUAUUCACAACAUAAUACAAGAAAUGAUCGACGAUCUGCAGUCGAACGACGUCGACACUUGCGAGUUCGCGACUUCCUUGUUAUCCGACAACGAAACACCUGAAUGGAACACAACGGUUCGUACAGCGACAGCAGAAGUUCAAAGAAUGGUGUUGGGCCACCUGAGCGAACGAGUGGCUUCCCAAAUAGUGCGUUCGGUGGAUUGCCUGCGUGAGACUUUCGUCGGUACGCUGGAGCGUUGUUUAUUGAGUCUGGAGAAAUCGUACGAGCAAGACGCGAGUCCACUGGCGAGUGACGCGUUGAAGCAGAUUUUGUCGGUCGCUUACAACGUCGAAUUGCACAAUUCUUCGCCGUCUUUGGUCCACUCGUUUGUCGAGAGAAUGAGGCAGAUAUUCAAGUACCUUCCGUUGCCGUGGUUGCCUACGCCGACUCUGGACGCAGCUUGGAGGAAACGGGUGACGAUCGAUGUGCUCAAUUCCCUGUCAGCUGCCAGGCUAGCGCGAAGUAUUUCGACGCAAUUUCGGGACAAGAUCAAAUCUGCCCACGACGCCUUUCAUUCGGCGUUAAGAUCCCUGGAGAAUCAUCACUCCGGUAAGCUCGAGAGAACCGAAGAGCAGCGAGUCGCUAUAAGGAAAAUCCACGCUCCUCGUCUCGCCAAAUUGGCCUUGGAGUCGACCUCGAUGAGCGAUCUCGUACGUUACGGUAUUCCGCAUCAGGGCAAGGAGAUCGGACGGGGCCAGUACGGAGUCGUUUUUUCCUGCGACGGUUGGGGCGGAGCGCCUGGUCCUUGCGCCGUCAAAUCGGUCGUUCCCCCCGACGAGAAACACUGGAACGAUCUCGCCAUGGAAUUUUAUUACACGAGAUCGAUACCGGACCAUAAAAGAAUCGUCAAAUUACGAGGUUCCGUAAUCGAUCACAGCUAUGGAGGCGGCUCCGGAAUCGGCGCUGCAGUUUUGUUGAUCACCGAUCGCAUGAGUCGCGAUCUUUACUGCGGCUUGCGCGCUGGUCUCGACUGGAUUGAAAGGAUACAAAUCGCCAUCGACGUUCUCGAGGGCAUUCGCUAUCUCCACUCCCUCGGACUCCUUCAUCGUGAUAUUAAACUCAAAAAUAUUCUUCUCGAUACUGAAAAUCGAGCGAAAUUAACCGAUCUCGGAUUUUGCAUUACCGAAGCUAUGAUGUCCGGAAGCGUCGUUGGUACACCCGUUCAUAUGGCUCCCGAAUUACUCACUGGUCAUUAUGACAGCACCGUCGAUGUUUAUGCCUUCGGAAUAUUGUUCUGGUACAUCUGCGCCGGACACGUUAGAAUGCCAUACGCUUUCGAACAAUUUAACAACAAGGAUCAGCUGUGGACGAGCGUCAAACGAGGCUUGAGACCAGAAAGGCUAGCCGUUUUUGACGACGAGUGCUGGAAACUUAUGGAACAAUGUUGGGCCGGUGACCCAUCGCGCCGUCCAUUGCUCGGUGCUAUACUUCCGGUGCUUGAGUGGGAGCGAGAAAAAGCUGAGAAGGCAAAGUCCCUGAGCGAACAUGACGAAUUCAAGCAGCAGGAAGCAACUUCAUCGAGGGAGAGCAACCCUCGAAGUCCGGCAUUAGCAUUAGCGGAGCCAAAUAACCAAAGAGGUGCUACGCCUAGUCCUUUUUUAAGGCGCAGACCUCACAGACAUCUUAAGCAUCCCGUCCUCCAUAUGAAUAAUAUUUAUCAAACCAGCGUAUGUUCCAAUCUCUACAUACAAAUGCGCGAAUUUUGAAGCCUGAGAAAAAAAAAAACAAGCGAGCGAAUCCAUGACAGAAUGCUGUUUUUCUAACAAUUUUGAAGCGUUCAAAAUUGUGUUUCUAGUUUUUCUUUAUUGUUAAGAUAAAAAGUGCUAUUAUAGAAAAAAAAAUGGAAAAUUCCAGUAUCGUGGUAUUUCUAUCAACAGUAUUAAGUCUCAAUUACUCAAAAAUCAUAAUUUGUUUAGUCACAUGAAUCAUUGUCAAAAAUGAAACACCAUCAAAGUUUAUCGAUCGAAGUAUUUGUAUGCAGAGAAGGAUGUUCAUUUUAAAAUAACCCUCGUUAAUUUUGUAUAUUCAAAGACAUUUGUAAAUUGUACAUUUUCUUUUUUACGUAUGUGCGGGUGAUGACUGACUGAAUGCACUUCAUUUAACGCUACUCGUGAACAUUGUCCCAAACUCGACAAUGAACCCAAGCUAAAUACUUUUAUAACCAUUUGUACGUUGAAUUUUAGCACGAAUUUAUAUUUUCUUGACUGUACGUUGAAAAAGGCUAUUUUUUAUAUUUAUUUACGAUUAUGACUAUUGAUACUAAUGCUUUUUUGUUGUUUUAAAUUAUUGCUCACGAAAACGUUGAUGUGCACGAGCGAAUUUUACUCUUGACUCUUCAAUUUAGCGAUUUUCAAACGCUUGGUCCAAACGACGUUGUCGAACACGCGAAAACGAAAUAUUGUAAAAUAAGAUGAAAAAAAAAGAAUUAUAUUAAUUAUAUGUCCGUGUUAAAAAGUUGUUUUUACAACUUUCGGCUACUUAUGUGAUAAACAACAAGAAAAAAAACAAAUCAAAAGAAAAAAAUGAAAUAAAUAUUUGUUCGUAUUUUUCGUA